AUCACGGCAACCCUACACAGUAUCGGGCUCCCUUGACUUUCAGACUGUCAGACUAUCCACGGAACUAGUUCGCACGUCCUGCACAGCCUCAAAUCCAACGUGGACACGAACUAUCUGGAGCCAAAGGUAUCCAAGCCGAACGGCCUUGUCCGAAGCGGCGACCGCUAUCGAGAUGGAGACAUUGAAUCAGCUCACCGAAGCGCUCCCUGUAAAGAGCGAAGUCCCUCCUUCUGCCUCGUCGCUCUUGAACGAAGUGAGAAAUGCAGUGGACAAACUCUCAGCUCUGCAGUCAUGUCUAUUCGAAAUACAAGAACAAAGGCACGGUCGAGCGGAAGCGACGAACCUCGUUCAGGAUACGCUUAAAAUCGAUCGAAGUUCACUAGAUAGACUAGUUCACAACUUUGACAUCGACUUGGAAGUCUUUUCGCGAACGAUCCAAUCAAUAACCGAGCAAGUCGAAGCUUUGAAAGGCUCGAUAGCUUACGGCGGUUCCCGAGAACCUUCAGAUCAUAGCCUGCUCCAGGCAGAAUUGGAAGAUCUCCAGUCUGACUGGGCAGACUUGGUCGAAGCCGACGUGAGACUGAGGGACGAAUUGAAGGAGGAUAGCUGGCUGGUCCUGUUGAGACAAACAGUCGACUCCGCCAACGACAUGAUGGUGUCUAUGGAGAAGGCAAUCACAGUCGUGCUCCAAUUCGUCGAUAUCGAUUUACGCUCAGCACAUCCUGCUCGUGCUGAAGCCGCCGAAUCAGCUCUUCGAAGCCUGGAUGAGAAAUCAAAAUUUUACUUGCCAAGCAUAGGCAAAGCAUGCGCUAUGUCGACGCGCGGGCUGAAGAACCGCUUGACCACCAACGGAGAAGCUCUUCGAAGGCAUACCGAUUUGGUGGACCGCUGGUCACGUGUGCAAAAUGAGCUCGACAGCCUUGCUCCGAAACUGCGCCGUCUGCGGCUGGAACUACAGAAUGCUGCCAAAGAUGAUGGUUCCGAGUUCCUGAUCGAUGACGCUUCAAACUUUUCGAGUCCAGCAUCUCAUGGUGGUCAAAUGCAAUCCGGUCGAAAGGCCUUUCAAUAUGGCGCUGGUUCGCCAAGCCAACAAUCUUCAACAUCCCAGGACAGGCGACCAGGACAGGCGACGUCAGGUCAAUACAGCCGACUGAUGAGCCCCUCUGUCCAAAGGACCAGGCAAAGCACCACCGCCAGCUCGGCGAACAGAACGAAACAUCCCGAGCCGACUGCGCAGACGCCGCCCGCUACCCUGUUUCGACGGCCAUCUAUGGCGGGAUCGUCGGGAGUCGAUGCUCUACAGCCUAGAGGAAGCUAUACCCCUUCACGGAGCGAUUCGCAUCAAGAGCUCCCGGCUACCCCUCGUUCAGCAAGACAAGAGAACCGAUAUGAGGCUCCCUUCGGCUCAAGACUCUCAAGCAUGGGACUCGUACGGCCUUCGCAAACACAAGAAAUGACAAGAACCACUUAUGCCCGGCCAGUUUCUCCAGCGACAUCAAUUGCUUCUUCCAAGUCGACCUUGCAACGGAAUGGUCUCCGAAGAUCUCUCAUUCCCGUCGCAAGUCCAUCGCCGUCGUUUCGACGUAGCACAUCAAGAAUGGGAUCAUCACCGCCCCCAGUGCCGACAUUACCCAGCCAGGAGUUGAUCGCGGAAAAGGAGCGAGAGGUCAGGUUGACUCAGCUCCGGACGAUGCUACAGACGCCAGAGCCCACGUUGAGAGCGAGAGCCUCGCAGAUGCCCUUUUAUAGCGGCAGACGGAGUACAGCAGGUCAGACUCCUCAAGGGCCUGGGUCGAUUGCACAGUCUCCUAGCUUCAACAGGAGAGUCUCGGGCGAACAGGGCAGGCACGUCUCUGCAAGUUCACGCGAGGCCGCUCCAAGCGCCUGGAAAGAACAGCCGCGUAUGCGUCCCGGGUCUGCCAUGUCCGUCAGAUCUCGUGCUGGUGCGGCCACGCCGUUGCCCACGGCACAACAUCACAAGGCGUGGAUACCAAAUAGCCGAGAUCCGCUGGAUAUGGAACUGUCGGUCAUAUUGAGCGAUAUUCCCCACGACGUCUACGUCGAAAGGCUCGAUCCACCGUUGCGAAAAGGUCAAGUCCACACAGGUGAAUGGACGGCUCAAUAUGCUUUCGCAAGCGGGAGGCAUGGCCGUCGGGUAUUUCCUGCGAGGUUACUGGAGCUGCACAAAACGCGCAACAAUGAGAGGGUCCGCAAGGUCAUGGUACGGAUCGACGGUUUGUGGCGGGAUGUGAGGCUAGUACUGCUCGAGAUGGCAUGAGCGUUUGUAAGCGAACGCGCGCGCGAAUAAUCAUGAACGGAUGU